UAUUCACUGUUACUAAGCUGACGCCGGUCUGUUGGCACUGUCCUGUGUGUGUAGAGCUUUUUUUGUUCAUGGCAAUAUCUUAUUAAAACGAACCAUGUUGCUGUCACGUUUCCCGUAGCCGGACCUGUUUUCAGAGAAGUCGUUUACUCACGGAGGGCGGUUUGAUGCUGGCAGCUCCUGUCCCACCCUGCGCCAAGCUGUCAGGAUGGAUGAACAAACCCUGGAGGCUGCGAUUGCCGCCUAUGGUGCUCAGCUGCAACAGGUGGAGACGGCCCUGUCAGCAGACCUGGACCCAAGCCAGCAGCCGGACCUGCUUAAACUGAAGGAAGACCUUUGCCAGCUGAUAGAGCUCACAGAAGCCAGCCUGGUGUCUGUCAAAAAGAGUCGGCUGCUGGCCAGCUUAGAGGACAGUAGCGAACUGUACAUGAACACCUCAGAGGCAGCAGCUGAAACCAGCAAGGCAACCGAGAGUCUGAACUCAGAGUUUGCUGCUUUUUACUCUGAACUGGGAGAGUGUUCAGGUAGCAGCUCUGAUACCAGAGAGAAGGAUGAGGACGUAGAAGGCAGAGGAGUAGAUUGUGAAGAGGAAGAAAACGAAGAAGACGAGGAGGGUGAAGAUGAGCUUAGUGGUACCAAAGUAAGAGCGCCCUACAGGACGUCGUGGGGGACGCUGGAGUAUCACAACGCCAUGGUGGUCGGGGCAGAGCCGCCGGAUGGAGAAGAGGCACAGGUCAGAGUGCUCUACGUCUACCCCACUCAGAAAUCGAUGAAACCAUGCCCGUUCUUCCUGGAGGACAAAUGUCGCUUUCAGGAGAACUGCAGGUUUUCCCACGGAGAGGUGGUGUACGUGUCCGAGCUCAGGGAGUUCCAGGACUGCGACCUCAGUAACCUUGAAGAGGGUUCUGCCUGUUUGGCUCGACAUGAGGACAACAUCUGGUACCCGGCCAAGAUAAAAGAAAUCGACAGUGGUUUCUACACUGUGAAGUUUGACUCCCUGCUGAUGAAAGAUGCUGUAGUCGAGGCUGAUGGAGUUAUCCCCCCUCUGAGAGAAGACGACCCGCUCUCGUCUGACUCGGAUUCAGAUGACACUGGAGAUGCAGAUUCAGUGGGAUAUGCAAAAGUUCUAGACUCAGCUACAGAAUCUGCUGUAACAGUAAACGGGACUAACUUUGGUGGCUGGGAGGCACAUACCAGAGGCAUCGGAUCCAAGCUGAUGCUCAAAAUGGGCUACGAAUAUGGAAAAGGCUUAGGGAAGAUGCAGGAGGGUCGAGUGGAGCCAGUGAUGGCUGUGGUGCUGCCAAAGGGAAAGUCUCUGGACGAGUGUGCGGAGUUGACUCAGAGGCGUACCCAAGGCAGGGCUGCUAAAGAUGGCUUACAACCUGGCCGGCCAAAGCGUCGCAGAAAGCCUAAAGUCUCCACCGGAGGGAGCCGUACCGUCUUUGACUUUUUAAACCACAAACUCGGAGACAAGAGCUCCGGUCCUGCUGAGGGGGGUGCUGCUGUGCAGUCAGGAGCAACCGGGGUGGAGGCUUACAGAGCGGGGAAAAGCACCAAGAGGAGUCUGAAUGUGAAGCUCUUCCAGGCUGCAGAGAGGGUGGCCCAAACCGAGAGAGAGAUCCAGAAACUAAGCGAGUCACUCGGCAGACAGACGAGCAGGGAUUCAUCCAGAGUGAAGCAGCUGGAGGAGAAACUGUCAGCAGCCCGCCGCCUGCUGGCCCAGCAGAAAGCACACGAGCUGUCCAUCCAGAGAGACCACAGGAAAGCAGACACACACAAGAAGAUGACUGAGUUCUAACCUCAGUUUUCCCCAUGACUUAAGAAAGGCACUGCUCGCCUCUAAUUCAUAUUCCUUGCUUAUUGACAGUUCUCUGCCCUGUUUUAUUUUAAAGAUUCCUUCUGGAUAAUUUGUUGCCAGCAUCAUGGAUUUUAGCAGGCAGUGGAGUCCUUUUUUAGUUGUUAUUCAUUGUAGAUGGUUUAUGGAAGUUUAACUGUACAACCGACAAUGUUGUUAAAAUAAACUUUCAAUUGUCAUGAACAAAUUUUGAUUUUA